ACGUGAGGGUUAUAAAAAUGGCGGCCGAAGGAUUUCAGGGUCAGUAGCAGUUUUACGAAGUGGUGUGUGGGUUGUGAGAUUUACCUGACGGGCCAUCUGCCUUUUUGCAUUUUAUUAGAGAUGGCAGACGUUCAGAGGGAAGAAAGUUUAGGAAAGACAAACGCAGAGAAAGUCGAGGCUUCGCCUAAGUUGUUGUUGAAUGGACAAGAAGUAAGUUUCACCGCUUGUUCAGAUCAUGACGUAGCAGGUUCGUCGCAUUCAGAAGAUGAAGUCGAUCGCAAAUAUCGGCAGUCUCCCGUCGAUUCCCACUCUGACAACGAUAGUAAAGAUGGAACUGAACCUUUUCAGCCUCCUAGCGAUGAACUGGCGGAAAAAAUUGUGUCCCAAGUCGAGUUUUACUUAAGCGACGAUAACCUUGCUAAAGAUGCCUUCUUACUCAAGCAUGUCCGCCGUAACAAAGAAGGUUACGUCAACUUGAAGCUUAUAACGUCGUUCAAGAAAGUGAAGACGCUAACAAAAGAUUACAGAGUGGUCGCCGAAGCCUUGGAAAAGUCAAAAGAGCUCUCGCUGAAUUCAGAGAAGACAAAGGUGAGAAGAAAUGAACCUCUUCCUUCCGAACUACUCGAACGUAAUCCAGGGAGAACUGUUGUGGUCACACGAAUAGAGAACGCUACGAUGGAAGGUGUAAGCGAGAUUUUCUCAAAAUGCGGCGAGAUUGAAUUAAUCCGCAUUAUUCGCCCAGGAAAAGCAAUCCCUGCUGACUUAAAGUCUUACUUUGCCAAACAUCCGGAACUCGAGAAAGAAACCACUGCGGUUGUAGCCUUCGAAACGAUGGCCGCAGCUGCUCGUGCAUGUAGUGAAUUUUCAAAGGAAGGCGGCAUGAAAGUGGUAGAACUCGGCAAACAAGGCGCUAAGAAGGAGAAAUCAAAGUCCAAGACGAAAUCCAAAGAAAGGGGAAGCGACGGCGGGCGAGACUCAGACGAGGAACACGACGAUUCUACAAAGAAACGCCGGAACAGAAAGAAAAAUAAACGUUUGCAAGAGUUGAUGGGCAAGAACUCAGAUGAUAGAUUCUCUAGUUCCUGUUCUUCCGAUACAGAUAAUUCCUACUCAUCAUUCAGUACUUCCCGACGCAGGUACAACGGUGGUGGAAGUCCAACACCUGAGAGGGCUGGAUCUCCCACCAUUGGCCCUCGACAAGGGGUUCUAGGUGCCCGCCGAUCACCUCAGAGUAGUCCAGAACUGCCCAGGAAGCUGGCCAACGUUUCUGCCAAGGAAGGAAGUAACAGUGCUCCUAACAGUCCAUGGUCUCAGCGCCGCAAGUUUGGAUCACCGAACAGCAGCCAUUCGCAAAAAUCCAGCCCGUUGGUUGAUUCAACCAGCCCUCGACACAGGAUGAUUCAGUUGGAGGGAGUUCAAAGACUCCCCAAAGGACCUGAUGGUACCAAAGGCUUCCAUGUAGGUUUUGGACGAGGCAGGCCCCUAGUGGCAGUUGCUUAGUGUAUUAAUUCAGUGGACUUAAUUUAUUAAGGUUAUGAACAAUUUUAUGAUAUUAACUUAAAGAAUAUGUUUUUUUUGGAGGGGUAUACUUUUUCUGGGAAAUAGAACAAAAUUGUAUCUAGUACAGAUCAAACAUCUUUCAAGGUCAGUAUGUUGAAGCAAAAGAGAUAUGAAAUUUCAUCACUAAUUUCAUGGAAAACUGUGACUAGAUUUCUUUACUCACUAAUUGUCUUGUCAUUCAUAUGAACUUUUUUUUGUUAGAGUGUGGAAAUUAUUGAUGUAUAAAAUCGCUGAAAAAUGACGCUGUAUAUAUUGUUCGAAGCUUUUCUUACAUUGAGUGAAUACUGUCCCUUGUUCUUUGGCUAAUGCUCUUUUUGGGUACCUUGAACUGAGUAAUGAUACUAUUUCUGUGGUAAAAAGUCUUUAUUUCCUCUAUUUAUGGUUGACUAAGGAUUGAUUGCUAAUUUGGAUGUACAAAAGCUGUCGACUGAGCAUAAAUGAUAAGCAAGUGAUGAUGCAAAACAUUUCACUUUUGAGUAGAGCUGUUUACAUCCUCUAUCAAUCUACAUUUGGUCAACUUUUUUGGAGAAUUACAAAGUUCAUAUUUUUGGGGGGGUUUUUAAAUUAAUGAUAACAAUGAUAUCUCAACUGAGUUUGGACAGUGCUGUAAAUAGGGCAAAAAAAAAAGAAAGAAUUUAGCAAAUUUUCAGGAAUUUUUUUAAUGGUCAAUUUCUUUGUUUUGCUAUGUUUCCAAUUUUCUUUCUUUUAUUAUUUGUUUUUUUUUUUUUACAAUGAAUUUUUGUACAGAAGGAAAACUAGUAUUAUAGUGCCAAGCUAGAAAUUUAUCCAAACUGACCUCUAGUUAUGACAUAGUUAAAUGCAUAUAUAGUAGGCAUGAAUUAUCUUUGUUUUUUUUGUAAUUUCAUUGUUUUUUGACCAGUUAAUUUAUUCUGCCAUUAAAACUUAUUGAAUUUUUAUCUAAUAAAUUUUAUUUCACUGGUCAUCUCUUGCCUUUGGAAUGAGAUAAGUUAGUGGACCAAGUAACUUAACCAUAUAACUUAAACAGUUAGUGGAAUGGUAGAAACUCACUUGAAACUUCUGUAGAAAUUCACAGGACAAGUUAGAUGUAGAUUUGGACCACCAUUGGUCCUGGAUAUUUUUCAUAAAGUGGUUAUUUGAAGCUAUAAAUUAACAGUUUUUCCCAGCGACAAUUGACAAAAUAUCAAUGCUUCUAUCAGGUGCAUGACUCAUUUGAAGAAGGCUUUAAAAAUGGAUUUGCCAAGAAAUGACUUUACUUUGUUUUAUGACCAUCCAAUAGUUGUCAGUCAACACACAAACCAGAUUUGGAGCCAAAUGAGUUUCGAACCAAACUCUGAAAUUAGUAACCACUUAUUAUUUGGGAAUGUAUACGAGUGACAUUAAAUGCAAUUAGAUAUCCAUUUUUCAAUUAAUCAUUUAUUGGUGUGAAACACUGUUAUGUUUUAGAUAAAAGGAGAAAUGUUGGCACAUUAAACUAAUAUGAACUGAA